UCCUACCCAGGUUCCCGCCGCACCAUGUACCGCACACUCCGGCUCCUCGCGUCGGCCGGCCGCGUCCUGCGGGCUCAAGCCUCUGCCUCGGCUUCACCUCCCGCUCCCGGUGGCCGCGCCGUGCUCCGGUUUCGGCUCCCGCUUUCCGCUCGAAUGGCAAGCCAAAAUGCCUAUCGGAUAGAAUAUGAUACUUUUGGUGAACUUAAGGUCCCAAACGAUAAGUAUUAUGGUGCCCAGACUGUGAGAUCUACAAUGAAUUUUAAGAUUGGAGGUGUGACAGAACGCAUGCCAAUCCCAGUUAUUAAAGCUUUUGGCAUCUUGAAGCGAGCAGCUGCUGAAGUAAACCAGGAUUAUGGUCUUGAUCCAAAGAUUGCUGCUGCAAUAAUGAAGGCAGCAGAUGAGGUAGCUGAAGGUAAAUUAAAUGAUCAUUUUCCUCUUGUGGUGUGGCAAACUGGAUCAGGUACCCAGACAAAUAUGAAUGUAAAUGAAGUCAUUAGCAACAGAGCAAUUGAAAUGCUAGGAGGUGAACUUGGCAGCAAAAAACCUGUGCAUCCCAAUGAUCAUGUUAACAAAAGCCAGAGCUCAAAUGAUACUUUCCCCACAGCAAUGCACAUUGCCGCUGCAAUAGAAGUUCAUGAAGUAUUGCUACCAGGACUGCAAAAGCUACACGAUGCUCUCAAUGCAAAAUCUAAAGAGUUUACUCAGAUCAUCAAAAUUGGUCGUACUCAUACACAGGAUGCUGUUCCACUUACGCUUGGCCAGGAAUUUAGUGGUUAUGUUCAACAAGUGAAAUAUGCAACAACAAGAAUAAAAGCUGCCAUGCCAAGGAUUUAUGAGCUGGCAGCUGGAGGCACUGCUGUGGGUACUGGUUUAAAUACUAGAAUUGGCUUUGCGGAAAAGGUUGCUGCAAAAGUGGCUGCACUCACAGGCUUGCCUUUUGUCACAGCGCCAAAUAAAUUUGAAGCUCUGGCUGCACAUGAUGCUUUGGUUGAACUCAGUGGAGCAAUGAACACUACCGCUUGCAGUCUGAUGAAGAUAGCAAAUGAUAUUCGUUUUCUGGGUUCUGGUCCUCGCUCAGGUCUAGGAGAACUAAUUUUGCCUGAAAAUGAACCAGGAAGUAGUAUCAUGCCAGGCAAAGUGAACCCUACCCAGUGUGAAGCAAUGACCAUGGUAGCAGCGCAGGUAAUGGGGAAUCAUGUCGCUGUUACUGUUGGAGGCAGCAAUGGACAUUUUGAGUUGAAUGUUUUCAAGCCAAUGAUGAUUAAAAAUGUGUUACACUCAGCCAGACUGCUGGGAGAUGCAGCCGUUUCCUUUACAGAAAAUUGUGUAGUUGGAAUCCAAGCCAACACAGAAAGGAUCAACAAGUUAAUGAACGAAUCUCUAAUGUUGGUGACAGCUCUUAAUCCUCAUAUAGGAUAUGAUAAGGCAGCAAAGAUCGCUAAGACAGCACACAAAAAUGGAUCAACCUUAAAGGCAACUGCUAUUGAACUUGGCUAUCUCACAGCAGAACAGUUUGAUGAGUGGGUAAAACCUAAGGACAUGCUGGGUCCAAAGUGAUUUAAAUGAAUUUAUCAUAAAAAUAAUUAUGUUGUAUAAAAUAAAAUGGAUUCCAUAUAUUUCAUAAACUUUCAAUAAAUGUGAAAACUGCCAUUGAACUUUAUUCUCUCUAGCAGAGUGAUUUUAUCAGCAUAUAAACCCCCAGGACAUUCUAGGUCCAGAGUGAAUUUAGGUCCAGUGAUGAAGUACUUGUUACAUAUUGCCAAAUCACGUCCUCAGACAUCCUUUAUUUUCCCGUCAUUUGGGGAUACUUGACUUCCUGAGUGAAAAUAUGUAUGUCUGUGGUCAUAGGAGCUUAUACAUGUGUGUGUGCACACACACAUUUAUCAGGAUAGGUUAAAAAUACAUUGUUAGGACCUACAUGUUUCAUGUGCUAAUCACUCACAGACACACACACAACCUUAUUUGAAUUCUCAUAGAAAAAUUAGACUGUGUCAAGAAUUAUAGGCUAUGGAUUAGAAAAGGCAAGGGAAACAGGCAUGUAACUUGCAGAGAAAGGAUGUCAUGAAAUUGUGUCUUGUCUGUCAUCCCUCUGUGUACCAAUGCCAGGAGUUUUCAGCAGGAAUUCAUGUGAAACCAUCUCAGGAGAUUUUAUUUUUUUUAAGAUUCAUUUAUUUAUACAAGAACCAGGGUAUAGGCCACAUAUGCGGGAAAGUGAGAGGAUCCACCAGAGACAGAGU